AUGAAUUUCGAAGCCGUAACUGUAUGGCUAGUACUCGCGUAUGGCGUCCAGUGUUUAGGAUCUGACAUCAAUGACCAGGCGGCGUUGAGUGAUGAAUUGCCUAAAACCAUCAAAGAAAAGUUGAUGAAAACUGAUCAGCCCAAGAGCGAACCGCCGGAGUCCAAGCAGGUGCUAACGAGAUUAGAUCUGCCAGGUGAUGGCUCGACCAAAAUCGACGACUCUAUGGCCGGUAGUAAGUUCACCACCAUAUCAUACUUGACACGAGCCCAUCGAACACAGGCAGCCGUAGAGUCCACUAGACUGUCGGCCGGUACCCGACCUGCAAAAGACAGUGGCAACGUGGACAAGUGCCGCGUUGAGCCUCUGGGCGACAAUAAUGGACCGUCAGACGAGUUUUGGCCACUAAAAAAAAAAACUCUGGCUGGAAGAAAAACGAUGCCCAUUACAGCCCCUACGUGGGUGUUUAAUAUGAACACGCCUGGCCAUUGUCAAAGCGCUGUACCUGCAACCACAGGCAAGGGCUGCCGUUCGAGUACUACAACAACGACCAACGCGCCUACCACUAAAGCCACGACCUUGUGCACCGCUACUACUAGUGCAACAACAACCUGCACUAGAAAAGCGACCACGACUGCCACAACGACUUGCGCUACGACUACAACUACAGUAGCCGCAACUACCACCAGUCCCGUCGUCUGUACCACUCCUGCUACAACUACGAAGAGUACCACGUUAAAAACGCCUGUCUGUGUGUCGUUGGACACUGCUCGGUCCACUUCCUCGACCGUUUCCAAUUGCGCAUCGUCUACUGUUAGCACUACGUGUGCAGUGCCUCCCAUAGUUUUUCAGCUAUCGAGUCCCACUAGUACAUUAGCGGUCGCCAAGACAAAAGACGCGGAGUCCUUGACUGUUAAACCGACAAACCAAGUGCCGGCUGUCGUUUCCAAAGCCUCGAGCCAGUCCACCACAAAUACGGCUUUCGAGACAAAGACAAGCCACGAAAAUGUCCAAUCUUUGCUGUUUUCCAUUAAACCAACCGGCGAAGUGCCAACCGUUGCAGUUUCCAGAACAAUUAACGCACCGUCUAGCACACAGGUCGUUUUUAAUUGCAUACCCUUGUCGUCGACGACGAGUCCGCUCUCGUGGGCUCUUGCACGUUUCCAUCCGCCCUGCCCGACUAAAACUACCGGAGGUUCCGAUAACAUCUCGAACAUGUACAAUAAGCGAUUACACUCCAAUUCGGCUGUCAAAUGCAAGGCGACGAUCAAUCGGCAAACUCGGGCAGUAGUACCGUCCUCCACAACAAUGCUGCGACGUGGACUUCGGUCAGAAUUAGCUCCAGCUGACUGCGUCAAGUCGGCGGGACCGACGUCACGGACGGUAGCUGAAAACUAUCCGACGGCGGUUUACGGUACUACAAGAUAUUUAAAAGAUGAAUCGUCCACUUUUAUUAAGCCGGUGAUGUCUCGACGAAAACGGUCCAAAAAACUAGUUAAGUAUUAA